CCAACCCCGGCGCGGUCGGCGCCUGCACGGCGCGCCCGGACCAGACCCGCCUUGCCGCGGUCAGCCGCCGCCCCGCCGCGCCGCUUGCUCCCCGCUGCAGCCCUCGUGCCUCCUCCUCGCCUUCUCCACCGGCGGAUCCGAGGGCCCAGCCGCCUCUACUCCACGCCCAACGGCGUGUGGCUCCAUGCAAGGAUGAGGGCGGGGAGAUGACACUGACGGGUGCCGAUGAGGGGAUCCCGCGGGGCCUCCUCCCCGCUCGCUCCAUCAGCGGAUCCGGGGGCCCAGCCGCCUCUACUCCACGCCCGGCGACGUGUGGCUCCGCGCAAGGACGAGGGCGGGGAGACGACGCCGACGAGGGGAUCCCGCAGGGCCUCCUCCCUGUCCACUCCACCGGCAGAUCUGGGGGCCCGGCAGCUUCUCCUCCACGCUCGGCGCAAGGACGAGGGCAGAGAGAUGGCGCCGGCGAGGGGUUCCAGGACAGCGACGCCAGUCGAGUACGCGGUGGCCGGGUUGGGUCUCAAGUGAUGCACGGCUGCUUCGGUCUUCAUCUGCGUGCUUGUGCUGUUUGCCAACUUGCCAGGACUUUGAAAAUUUGAAGAACAAUUGUACCCAUGACCUGCAAAGGUGUGCUACAUGGUAUGGGAUGAUAGGCUAUGUUGCAACUUCUUUUGCUGCUGCAGCUGCAUGCAUUUUAUUGAUGGGUUGAUGGUCAAAUAGAUUGCAAUACUUUUGCCGUUUCUGGUGAGUAACUUGAGUGCCAUAGUGGAUCCUGAUGUAUGCUAAUACAUGUCUGUGAUGUAAUAUUGGGUUCAAACUAUUCGUCUGUGAUGUGAUGUAUCAGAAUUGCAACAUUUUAUAUGCCAUCAAUUGCUGGAUUGGAAUUUAAUUC